AUGGCUCAUACGGCUGCAACCGUGGUCGGUUGUGGUUGGGGAGAUUCAAAUUCAAGGUUUUUAAAUUGGGGUAGAGGAGAGACAAAUGUGGUCGGCGCGGCUUCAUUUGUAGUUGUGUGGGGGAAAUUGUUGAUAAAUGUGGUCAAUCCGGCUUCAGUUGUAGUAGUGUUGUGUGGUCACAAAGACUCUGAAAACCUUGAUGAUAGGGCCGAAACUGCAGCUGUGGACUCGUUAUUUGAAACCUUGAUUGGAUUUUCAUCUUUGAAUGAGAGUGAAAUUGAGUCAAGGACAAAGGUUUCAUCUCCUGAAGGAGUUGGUCCUGAAUUUGUUGAUCACGACCACCGCAAACCAAAAGAUUCUACAUUGAAACCAGAUGACCCUCGAGCUUAUUUAGACUCUGUUUCGACAGGAGAAGCGUCUUCCGGUCAUGCAGAUGAAAUUGGAGAGGACAGAAAGCUGAGCUUGGAUCAUUGUGGGAUUCUGCCAAAUACCUGUUUGCCGUGCCUCUCUUCCAAUGCACUUGCUGUUGAAAAAAGAAGGCCAAUGAGUCCUGAUACACCAAGUUCGCAUAGAAAGUCACUGUCCAAACUCUCCUUUAAAUGGAGAGAAGGGUCUUCAGAUAUGACUUUACCUUCCCCCAAGGCAUUUAAACAAAAACAUUUAGCAGGUUCAUCGAUUCCAUUUUGUUCAAUAGAGAAGCAAACGCCUGGUUCUUGGUCACAAAUUGAGCCAAGUUCAUUCAGAGUAAGAGGCAAAAACUACUUCAGGGAUAAGAAGAAAGAUUUUGCUCCGAGCAGUGCUGCUUUCUAUCCUCUUGGUGCUGACCUCUUUUUGUCUCCCCGAAAAAUUGAUCAUAUUGCUCGCUUUAUACAAAUUCCUGCAAUAAACAUACCUGGGGACGUCCCUUCUAUUCUUAUUGUAAACCUUCAGAUACCAUUAUAUCCUGCCACUAUCUUCCAAAGUGAAAAUGAUGGUGAAGGAAUGAAUGUAGUUUUGUACUUCAAAUUAUCUGAAAAGUACUCCAAAGACCUUCCAGACCAAUUCCGAGAAAGUAUCAGUAAAUUGAUCAAUGACGAAGUGGAGAGAGUUAAAGGCUUCCCUCUAGAUACAAUUGCACCUUUUAGGGAGAGAUUAAAAAUUUUAGGCCGAGUGGCUAAUUUGGAGAAUCUAUCUUUAAGCACAACUGAAAAGAAGCUUAUGAAUGCGUACAACGAAAAACCAGUUCUCUCACGUCCUCAGCACGAAUUUUACUUGGGAGAAAACUAUCUUGAGAUAGAUUUGGAUGUUCACAGAUUUAGCUAUAUUGCAAGAAAAGGAUUUGAAGGCUUCAUUGAAAGACUGAAGUUAUGUAACCUGGAUUUUGGUCUCACAAUUCAGGGAAACAAGGCUGAAGACUUGCCUGAGCAUUUAUUAUGCGCAAUACGGUUGAAUAAACUUGACUACAGUAACUUCAACCAGAUUGGAGUCCAGGCUUCAACAUAA